GCUGGCUGGCUGCUGUUGUUGACAUUGCGGACCCAUAGACACUGCAAUCACAACAGCAUUUACUGAAUUUUCGUGCUUUAAUCACAAACGUUAAAAGUGUCACACGUACAUUAUCGCACCGUCAUGUUGAAUUGGUCUUAAACGACAGUUUUAACGUUUGGUUGUCAGUUCAGUCUCCGCCGUUAACUUUGCGACGCAGCUAGCACAGGAUGCUAAGCGUAAAUGGAGGAAGUUAGCUCCCUAGUUAGCCAUGAAGUGUCAAUUUAAAUUCAGAUUAUAGAAUUAAACGAUAUACGCUGCGGUGUUUUUUGUAGUUUGGUGCUUAAAGGUGGUUGGGACAAGGUUGUAAACGAGAUGGCUAUGGAGCUGGAUGUGUUCGUGGGUAACACCACCAUCAUGGAUGAGGAGGUUUAUCAGCUCUGGUUGGAUGGAUACACAGUGAACGAUGCUGUGAAGGUACGGAUGGAGGGAGGAGUUCUGGAGGAGUGUGAGGCGAGUGCAGAUGUUCUGCUGAGUGACACCAUGGACCAGUACAGGACUUUCCAGAUGUGUGAACGUCUUCUGCACAGCCCAGCCAAACUAGCCAACCAGCUCCUGUUCCAGAUACCACCUCAUCGUCAGGCUGUCCUCAUAGAGAGAUACUAUACCUUUGAUGAUGCAUUUGUCCGUGAAGUCCUGGGAAAGAAACUCUCCAAAGGAACCAAGAAAGACUUGGACGAUAUCAGCGCCAAAACAGCUGUGACACUGAAAAGCUGCAGGCGACAGUUUGACAACUUCAAACGUGUUUUCAAAGUUGUGGAAGAGCUGAAGGGACCCCUAGUGGAGAACAUACGUCAGCAUUUUCUUCUCUCUGACAAACUUGCAAGGGAUUAUGCUGCCAUUGUUUUCUUUGCCAACAAUCGAUUUGAAACGGGGAAAAGAAAGCUACAAUACAUCACUUUCCAGGACUUUGCUUUCUGUGCCGGGCAGCUUAUCAACAACUGGACUGUCGGGGCAGUCGAUAACAUGGUGGAAGAUAUGGACGUCGAUCUUGACAAAGAGUUUUUACAAGAGCUGAAGGAACUAAAGGUUUUAAUCACAGACAAAGAUCUGCUGGAUCAACACAAAAGUCUGGUUUGUACAGCUCUCAGAGGAAAGACUAAAGCUUUUAAUGAGAUGGAGGCUAAUUUCAAGAAUCUUUCCAGAGGCCUUGUCAACAUCGCUGCCAAGUUAACCAACACAAAAGACGUCAGAGAUUUCUUCAUUGAUCUCGUGGAGAAGUUUAUUGAGCCAUGCCGUUCAGACCGAUGGACAGCUGCGGAUAUGAGACUCUACCUCACUCACUACACAAACUCGGCACACAUACUUGACACAUUCAAACACCAGGUUGUGUGGGACAGAUACAUGGGCGUCGUCAAAAGCUGUAUCUUCAAAAUGUAUCACGACUGAAACAUACUUGUUGCCUGCAACUCCUCUGGUUUGUCCCCCCCCACUGAAGUCUUUUAUCUUAGCCCUUCAGUGUGCGAUUUCUCUUUUUUUACUGAUGAUUUCUUUUUCAGGAGCUCCAUUGUUACUUUUGAACCCAUAUGCUCCUCGGGUGUCCCGCGAGGGUCUGUAAAUCUAAUUUGUUUAAUAAAAUUCACGCAUUUACAUCAAAA